AUGACAGUGCCGACAGUAACAAUGACGACAUCAGCAAAACCAAAACCAAAACCAACAACACGCCGAUCGAGAACACGGCAACCACGUACACAGAAUCGUCUCGAUACGAAAGAAUUCAAGGAAGUAAUGCGGACUGUUAUUCGUAAACACAUAUCAAACAUUGAGAAAAAAUUCGACAUAAUGUCAACCACACUACCUUUGGAAGAACUAUUAUGGGGAGGCAAAAAGAAGAGAGGUUGCCGAGGCAUAAGCAGGCCUCAAAAUGCCUUUGUGUUGUAUCGUAAAGACGUACAGGCUCGACUUUUGUUAGAAAGAGAAAAUAAAUUAGGAGAGGAUUCUAGCAAGCUCAGUCCCAAAAAUGCGUCCGGGUUUUUCAGUGAAAUUUCCUCGACCGCUAGUAAAGAAUGGGCAAAGGAAUCGCAAAAUGUAAAGGAUUUCUUUCUUGAACUUAGCAAAGCUGCGUAUUCUAUCCAUAAAGAACUCUUCCCAGAAUACAAGUAUUGUCCCAAAAGUGGAAAAAGAAGUCUUGCAAAGAGAAAAAAGGAACUUGAAUUGUCACACGAACGCAAAAGGUCUGCGACCGGUUCUAAAAUUAGUAUUUCGAGUGCUAGUGAUACAGCGACCACAAAUCCUGUUGUUGACUCUCCUGUCGAUGCCUGUCGUAAUACCGCAUAUCUUGACUCUGAUUAUUCUGCAAAGCGAAUUGCUAAAUGUAACCCAAGAAUAAGCAUAACCACAAUGGACAGUCCUAUCAUCACCGCUGCUGCUUAUACCGCUUAUAAUAACAUCGCAGCCGCCACGACCGCCACCAAUCCUCUGUGUAUUGACGAACCCGCAUUUGACAUGAGUGAACUGAGUGACGAAAACUGCAAUGACAUCAGCGAUGACAGUGACGGAUUGUGGACGGGACCGGAAUACAACAAUGUCUAUUAUUAUGAUUCCAAUUUCGACGACGCCAACAAUAUCGACGCUGCUGUUGUCACCGCCGACAAUACGUCAUUGGUCAAUUCAUUCACACACUUUCCGCCAACUCAGAGAUCACUGCUUCUUCCGAACGAUUUACCCAUUACGCCAACUGCAGAGACCUGCAUGCAGUUUCCUUUUAAUGGAUCCAUGUGCAACGCAACAGCCGUCGAUUGUAAUGCCAUUCCCGCCCAGUACCAAUCUUUAACAGCUCCUGAAUUUGAAUCCUUGUUGUAUGGUACCUUUGACACUACCCCGCUGGAUUUUCCAUUGAGUUUGAAUAAUACGGGAUAUGACGAAGAUAUUGUGCAAUUUACGUAUCCGGAGCGGACCAUCAACGUGGGAAACAACGCAUACAAUGAAAGCACAUAUAUUCAAUAUGGUGGCGAUUGUCAGUACAAUGAAGAUGUAUACAACGACACAAUUGUGCAAGGAGAAACUGAAUUUGGGACAAUGCAGAACUGUUAUGGUUAUGAUAGUGGCGAUUUUGGCGAGAGGUGA